UAUAAAAGGGACGGCGAUCCCUGCGAAAAGCUUGUAACAACCGACAACGGCCACGGCUUUUAGUCUCUCACUGGCCGGCGUUCUCUUCUUGGCUGCUGCUGCUCGAUCGGUUCAAUUGAAAUAACAAAUACAACAGAUAUCCGUCGCAGAUUGAGUAAUCGAGAUUCGUUCACGCCAAACAACACCAUGGUCUACUCCAGCGAUUUCUACACCAGCCGCAGGCCCGCCUACUACAAGCCUUCCACUUCAUACUCCAUCACCCCCAUUUACUCAUCCGACGGAUAUGACAUACCGCCUUCGUACUAUAAGGCGCACCAAGUAUACCAAACGAGUCCUUUCAUACUGACACCCAUCACCACAACAGCGAGGCCGUCGGCAAAGGUUUUGCCUUACAACUAUAGGUACAUACCUGCGCCCACCUAUCAUCAUAGAACCGGUGCGGCAUUACACGGGGUGUUAGACAGGAUCGAGCACAGGCAUCGUUCUCAUCCCGGCCACGAUGCUACCGACGAGUACUUGAACACCAGGAGUUCCACGAAUUUCGAUGACGUGACAAGAUCAAUACGAGCGCAAACGGCCGGUUUACUUAAACAAGUAUACGCGCCAACCAUAAGGCCUAAACCGACACAUUCUCAUUACAAUACUCAUACCGGAUACAUGGAGUUACCCAUAGCGCAGCGGAUAGAAUCCGACGCUUACAUUGAAGCCAUUCUGAGAGACUCCCAAACCCAUCACUACGACACAAUAGGUAAAGGCCAUCUGGCGUGUGUGACUUAUGCCGGCGGCAAGGCUUUUGCGCGCAGAAGACCACGGUUAUCAGGUGAUGCAGAAGUAGACACAAACGUGACAAUGCUGUCGUACUACAACAAAACAAGAGAAGCGGCUGCGGCUUCUUCGGGUCGUCCCAGGGUAAAAGUGGAUACUUCAGCCAACACUUCCAGCCGAGGUGCCUACGAACCAGAAAGAACAGCACGUGAUUCAGAAUCCGGUGCCGAUAGAGUGUCCAACGGAAACCAACAUUCUUCUGAUGCAGCCGAAGAAGCCUCUAAGAAAGCGGAAGAAGAACGAUUGGCUGCAGAAGCGGCGCGCAAGGAAGAGGAGGACAGAUUGGCGGCAGAAGAAGAGGCGCGGCGCAAGGAAGAAGAGGACAGAUUGGCGGCAGAAGAAGAGGCGCGGCGCAAGGAAGAGGAGGAACGGUUGGCCGCAGAGGAAGCGGCGCGCAAAGAGGAAGAAGAACGAUUGGCCGCGCUCAGGGAAGAACAAGAACGGUUGGCGGCCGAAGAAGCCGCGCUCAGGGCGGAGGAAGAACGAUUGGCCGCCGAAGAGGCCGCGCUCAGGGCGGAGGAAGAACGAUUGGCCGCAAAAGCGGAAGAGGAUAGAUUGGCCGCAGAAGAAGCGGCGCUCAAGGAGGAAGAGGAUAGAUUGGCCGCAGAGGAAACGGCGCUCAAGGAGGAAGAGGAGAGAUUGGCCGCCGCAGAAGCAGAGGCCGCCAGAAAGGCGGAAGAAAACGUUUCCGAGUCGGAAGAAACGGACGCGGAAGAGAUAGAGGACGAACCGAAUAGCAAACUAGUGACCACCGAAGUCGGAUUUGGCAUAGGCGGAACAGCUCUGGCAGCUUCUGAACACCACGAAGUAGCGUACACGACGUUGGAAGAAGAAGACGGUGGUACCGUCAGGACGGCCGUGUUCAGACGCUCCACAAGGACUACGUCGACCAUAAUCCAGUCCGGCAGCGAAGAGCACAACGGCGUGGAAAUCGAAGAAGUCGUGGAAAACGAAGAAGUUUCGGGGGACGAAAACGCCGUGGCCGACGGGCAGCGGUCCGAGCAAGAGGAAUCGUCGGACGAAGGAGAAGAAAUCAAAACGGAAGGGGCAGAUACAAAACCGGAAGAAGGGUCAUCCGAGGAGGAGGAGGAGGAGGAGGAGGAGGAGGAGGAAGAAGAAGAGUAGAAAAUGUUUCGCGUCGCGCGAUCGAGUUUUCCUAACGACUUGAAGGGAUCGGCGAAAUAGCGUUUAUUUAUUUUACCGUUGUUGUUAAUAUGCAUUUAAUUUAUUUAUUUAUCUAAUUUAUUAAAAAAAAAAAAAUAAUAAUAAUAAUUAAUACAAGAUAUUUAAUUAUUAUUAGUUAAUACAAAAUACAUUACAGACACACUACACCAAAGCCAUCGACAAAAAUAAGUACUAGGUAACAAAAUAUCAAUAAAACGGAUUUAACUCGAGUAUUUUACAACGUGUAUAUUAUUAAUAAUCUACACGUCAUUGUCUAAGUUAUAAUUUACUUGAAAUAAACGAAAUGGGACGUUUAAAAUAAAGAAAUUAGGUUGACAACACUCGUGUGCUGAUAGAUUUACUACUAACCCCUAAUAACUUGAAAUCUUACAUGUUUUUCAUCAAAGCUACGCAAAAUAUUACACACGGAAUAAACAGAAGAAAAUCUUAGAGUUUAUCAAACAAACAAUCAGACAUAUUAAGAAAAAUGCAGUGAUGCCAGAACGUAAACAUUUCCUUUUAAUUAUUUUUCUGUGAUGCAUGGCUACACUGUUCGUUCGUUAAAUGUCCUAAUUUAUAAAGUCAUUCAAAUGAUUUUCGUACAAUUCUAUUAGCAUAGCUUAAACGAAGUCAUGCCCGAUUUUUAAAUUAAAAAUUGUGAUAUUCAAAAUAUAUUAGUUGGAGAGAGAAUAGUGUUAUUUUAAUCUAUACACAUUACUCAGAGGCAUUUCAUCUACUACUCGACAUUUCAAUACCUAACAUAAUAAAAGUAAUCAUCCAAAACUGGUAAUCGACCAGUAACCGUUUUUAGGAAAUUAUUCUUGAAAUAAAAAGUCAAUUAACAAGUUGACUGACAGAACAUUUCAUU